UUUAAGAUACCUACUUAUUGCCAGACCACUCUGUCAAUGACACUGCCCAUACUCUAUUAACCACUGACGCUUCAAGUCAAUAUAUACCCAACCAUAUAUUAUGAUAUACUAUUAAUAUUAUCAAAACAAUAAGAAACAAGAAAAAUGCCCAAAUUUACCAAACUCACCCGCUCAACCUCUGGCCCUCAAGAAUGCGCCCUAACAGGCGCCGCCCUCCUGCAAUGCCCCUACUUCAACAAAGGCUCCGGCUUCCCCCAGCACGAACGCGAAACAUUCAGCCUAGUCGGCCUGCUCCCCUCGGGCAUCAACACGCUGGAUGAGCAGGCCCGUCGUGCCUACGAGCAAUACCAGAACUGCGGCACGGCGCUGGCCAAGAAUACGUUUCUGACCAGCUUGAAGGAUCAGAAUGAGGUGCUCUUCUACCGGCUCGUGCAGGAUCAUCUGCAGGAGAUGUUUCCUGUUAUCUAUACGCCGACUGAGGGGGAUGCUAUUGCGAAUUAUAGUCGGCUGUUUAGGAGGCCUGAGGGGUGUUUUUUGGAGAUUACACAUCAGGAGGAUAUUGAGGUUGCGUUGGAUCAGUGGGGGUCGCCGGAGGAGGUGGACGUUAUUGCUUGUAGUGACGGGGAGCAGAUUCUCGGCAUUGGCGAUCAAGGUGUCGGUGCAAUCCUCAUCAGCGUCGCCAAGUUGAUCAUCUACACGCUGUGUGCUGGCAUCCAUCCCAACCGGACCCUGCCUGUCGUGCUCGACGUCGGCACUGAUAACCCAGGCCUCCUGAAUGACCCCCUCUACCUGGGUCUGCAACAGCCACGAGUCCGCGGCGAGGAGUACGACAAAUUCAUCGAGCGCUUUAUCCGUGCCUGCAGGAAGCGCUUCCCGCAAGCGUACAUCCAUUUUGAGGAUUUCGGUCUGCAUAACGCGAGACGUAUCCUGGAUAAAUACACCAAGGAGAUUGCUUGCUUCAACGACGAUGUCCAGGGCACGGGGUGUGUGACGCUGGCUGCCCUCUACUCCGCCUGCCACGUCGCCAAGUACCGGAUCCAGGAUGUUCGGGUGGUUAUGUUCGGCGCUGGCUCCGCGGGAACAGGCAUUGCAGACCAGAUUCUCGAUGCAAUUGCGCUAGAAGGCCGGAAAUCAAAGGAGGACGCUAUGAAGCAGAUCUGGUGUGUUGACAAGCAAGGCAUACUUCUACAGAGCGAGACUGAGAGUCUCACCUUGGCCCAGCACUAUUACGCAAAGCCGGACGGCGAAUGGCAGGGCGUGGACAAGAGCUCUCUGGUCGAAAUCAUCAAGACGGUAAAACCGCAUGUGCUCAUAGGCACCAGUACGAAGCCCAAGGCAUUUACAAGGGAGGUCGUGCAAGAGAUGGCGAAGCACGUCGAACGUCCUAUCAUCUUUCCCCUGUCCAACCCAACGAGGCUUCACGAAGCAGACCCAAAGGACCUUGUCGAAUGGACAAAUGGCAGGGUCUUGACCGCUACUGGCAGCCCAUUCCCCCCGGUAAAGAUCGAUGGUCGCAUGCGCGAGGUUGCCGAAUGCAACAACAGCACUGCGUUCCCGGGCAUUGGUCUUGGAGCAGUGCUAAGCCGCGCCAAGCUCAUGACGCCCGCCAUGCUAGUCGCAGCCACUAAGGCCCUGGCCGCGCAAGCCCCUGCACUCCAAGACCCCGAUGCUGGGUUGCUGCCAGACGUAAUAAACGUGCGCGAAGUCAGCGUAAAGACCGCUGCGGCGGUUAUUAAACAAGCGGUCAAGGACGGUCUGGCCCAGGAGCAGCGCAUCCCGGACAACGAUAAGGAACUGGAAGAAUGGGUCAGGGAUCAGAUGUGGGAUGCGCAGUAUCGGCCGCUGAAGAAAGUAGACUGGGUUGGAGCGAGUCCAGCCGCAUUGGGAGAGUUGGGCAGCAAGAGAGCCCCAGUAUCAAGGCAGUUUUAAUCCUUCCGUCACUUUGAAUUGGCGGUUGUAUUUCCGAAUUCCCCGAUGUUAGCUGUAUCUAUCUUUGUAUAAUUCCCCAUUUGAAAGACAUAUUUAUAUCUCUAGCUCAAAUGAAGUUAAACUGUUGCUUCAGUUCACGAACCGGCGAAACUGAUGGAAAGUUAUAUCGAAAUAAUGUUCUGGAGAGAACUGGCGAGAUUCCUAUAUCGUGAUUUGAGGGACAUAAGAAGUAGGUGGAUGGAUAAAGUCUGAAAGUGGAAAUACCUGGAGACUGCUUGUUGGGCCUUGACUUGGGCCGCGAUAGAGUCGACAAAUAUGCAGGACAGCCGACACGGUCCGCAACUAGUCUGACGUGUCUUCCUUGCCUCUUCGGAGUUUUCAGAGAUUGGAUAUAUUCUAGAACCACAGAUCAUGCUCUCCUAAUCUUUAACCUUAACAUAAAUGAGUGCAGCCCCAUCUUCUGUCCAAUGGUUCAUUGCGACUCGGAAGAAACGGCCCGGGAGAUGCCUUUCCGCGGAUCUGAUUGAGUGCAACAGAAAGGAAACGGUAUAUAGCUUAAGAACUUUGUAAGCAAAGGGUGUAACAGGAUGCUCUUAUCUCCCGGCUCUUCUCCAUGGCAGGUGAGGGUAUUACAUGGCAUCAGAGGCUCAUGAUCUCGAUGACUGCUCGUAACAGCCUCAUGAACCUUGCUGUACACCCUGAGUCGAGAGUGUGUCUCUCUGUCCGUUGACCAGGCCAUAGUAGAAUAUAACAUUUCAGUCGGGAGUGCACAUGUCCAUUGUCUUGACGGCCAUGCCUCAAUCAGCUGAUGAUAAUGACGAUGGCGAUGAACAUGGCUGAAGUUCAGAGUCAACCUAUGCAGGAUGCUACGCUGUCAUUCUUCGACAGCAGAGGAAGCAAUCCCGUGCCACGGCAGUUGAAGGCUUCUCGAUACGACUGGUCCCGUACGCAGGCAGGAGUCGGAAUUGACGUGGCAAGGGAUUCAGCCCUGCAGUCGCAGAAAUAGCGGUGCGACGUUAAACACGUCGGGUGACAGACCUCAUAGACGCAUGUAGGGACCUGCAAUCCGGACAAAACUCGCCUUGGCGGAUAUUCC